GAAUGGCCACGUAAAUUUGACCGGACAAAUUUUAGCCGAAAAAGUGUGAUUUCCAGUGGCAAUUUACUUGGGAUUUUACAGAAUUCCUAUUCGUAAGUUAUGAACAUCUUCGGAUAAAGUUUUUGACAAUUUUGAAUAUUGAAAAGACGUUUAUUUGUGAAAAUGUCAACAAACCAACAACAACAAAGGGUCACUAAAAAAUCCGAACAGUGUUCACUGAGUUCAUCGAGCCAGGUAAACAAAGAUGUAAACAAAAGUAUUCAGGAGUUACAAACUUCGAUAAACAAUUUAAAGCACAAACUCUUUAGGUAUGAAUCUUUGGUUGACGAUGUUACCAAAAUAAAAUCUAUAAUCGAAGAUGAGGAUUCUGGGGUAGUCAAAUCACUAAAAUAUGUGUCCGAACAAUCGGAAUGCAAUUACGAUGAGAUUCACUCUAUUCGUUCUGAAAAUGCGCAACUUCGAGGUGAAGUCGAUUUAUUACGUGCGAUGAUUAUCAAGAUGGAUCGAAAGAUGGGCCACCUCGAACAUGAAGUAACAGAUUUACGUUCUCGUUCAAUGCGAGAUAACAUUUUGAUUCAUAAUUUUGCUUACACCCCCGGCGAGAACUUAUCAGAAAGCAUUCCUCAGUUAAUUCAUGAAGUUUUAGGGGUGCAUGUCUCGUUUGUUCGUAUUCACAGGAACAGUGUAAAGGGCAUGAUGAACUCCAGACCAGUGUCAAUAACCGCAAAAUUGGUAGACAGAAGCAAGAAAGACGAGAUUCUGCAAGCACAGAAAGCUAAGAAACUACAAAGGGUUAAAUUACCAUUCUUUAUAACAUCCCAAGACCCACCUGUAGUGCUUGAAGAGCGCAAAAGGUUAUAUGCCAUCUCAGAUUCUCUCCGGGAGCAAAAAAUUAAGUCAAAGGUGGAACGAGGGCGGUUGAUCCUACCCAGUGGGGAAUAUUACCGAGAUCCUGUUCCAAAGAUUGAGACGGCGGAUGCCUUGCAGCUAACACCAGACGCGAUUGAUGCCCUACAACUACCCACACAUUCAACGCAGCCUACUAAACUUAAGGGUUCCGAAAUUUUGGCAACGGGUGUAAAAGUUAGCUCGGUGGAAGAGGUCCAGGACCUGUACAGAAAGGUGUGUGUUGAUCCAUAUUCUGCGGCGGCGGAUCACCGUAUUCUGGUCUAUAGGUUUGUGGAUUCUGCGGGGAAAAAUCAUGAAAGUUUCUGGGAUGACGGGGAGCACGGUGCCGGCCGACGCCUUCUACAAUACAUGAAAACAAAUCAAAUAAACAACGUGGGUGUGGUCAUUACGCGCUGGAGUGGCCCCAGACACCUUGGUCCGGACCGCUGGCGAAUCAUGGAGGAACACUUGUGUGAGGUAGCCAAUACUCUGGAUGGGUGAACUUGUUAUUUCAUAUGGUUAAAAUACAACCCAACCAAUACAAUGACAAGGAAUAACUAUUACAUAUAUGUAAUUUGUAAAUAUCGUUAAAUUUAAGAGUUUUUUCAUUGUUUCCUUAAACUCCUUUUUUCAUUUAUUUAUUUAUAUAUUUAUUAAUUAUUUUUUUUAUUUAUUUAUUUAUUUUCAUAAUUAUUUAUUUUUUUCAUCUACCUUAGUAUUAUUUAUUAAUUUAUUUUCUUUUUUAUUUAUCUUUUUAUGCUACCUUUAGUACGCCGGAAAUAUUUUGUCUAUUGUCGUCAACUUUCAUUUUAUAUUUCCCUUCUCUUUGUAUAAUUACCCGGUGUUAUUUUUUUUUUCUUUAUAAAGUUCGAAUUAAAACAUUUUCUGAAGUAAUUCGCAUACAUCUCAGCAAUUCUAUUUACCUAUUUAUUUUUUAAAAUAUAUUAAUUAUUUAUUUAUAUCUCUUUUUGUGUUACCUAAGUACGCCGGAAAUAUUCUGUCUACUAUCGUCAAUUUAAUAUUCUGUAUUUUCCUUUUCGUUACAAUUGUCCGGUGUAGUGUCGCUGAGUGAUAUGGUCGAGGUAUUUUGGCGUGUUUUUUCUUUUUCGGCUAAAAAAUACCAAAUACUAUAUAGAAUAUGCACUCAUAUCCUCAGAAACUAAUCAUACUCUUCUCUUUCCUCUCUUUCUUUCCCUCUCUUUCUUUUCAUGUUACUGAAAUGAGACUAAUCCUGGAAAAUAUACACCUAGGAAAGGCAGAUCUACGAGCCGAUAAUUUGCAUAUAUAUUUGCCCAGUCUGUGUUUACAGAUCUUAAUGAAAUAUACUAAUAAACCUGUAAUUAAUAAUGGCUGAAAUUAAAAUCAUUUCGGUUAAUUGUCAAGGAUUAAAUGAUGCUAAGAAAAGAAAAGAUAUUUUUCAAUUCUAUAGACAACAAAAAUGUAAUAUCUUAUGUUUAGUAGACACACAUUUUACUGAGGAGAUGGAACAAGAUAUUAGAAACGAAUGGGGUUAUGAGGCUUGUUUUAAUUCCUUUUCUUCGAAAUCGAGAGGAGUUGCUAUUCUCUUUAAUAACAAUUUUGAUUUCAAAAUACAUGAGCAAAUCAAAGUAGAGAAUACAGGGAAUUUUUUGGCACUUAGUAUCUCAAUAGAGAAUAAAAAGUUAAGCUUAGUAUGUUUGUAUGGACCUAAUGAGGAUUCUCCAGAAUUUUACCAGAAUUUGAGCAAUAUUGUUAACAAAUUACAAAACGAUGAGAUGAUUAUUGUUGGAGAUUUUAAUUUGGUAUUAGAUACAAGUCAAGAUUAUUAUAAUUACUUACAUGUUAAUAAUCCGAAAGCGAGGGAAAUGGUCUUAGAGCAUAUGAUGUCUUACAGUUUAGUAGAUAUAUAUAGAGAAUUUCAUCCAUAUGACAAGAGGUAUACUUGGAGAAAACCUACACCUCUGAAACAAGCACGUCUAGACUUUUUUCUUAUUUCAGCUUCACUUAUAAAAGAAGUUAGAAAUAGUGAUAUCAUGAUAAGCUAUAGAUCAGAUCAUUCUCCUGUUUUUAUCUCUUUAAAGUUUAAUGAUUUUAAACAUGGUAGUGGCCUUUGGAAAUUUAACAACUCCCUUUUAAAAGAUUUAGAGUAUGUGCAAAGUAUUAACUGUCAUAUUAAUCAAAUUAAAAUCCAAUAUGCAGUUCCAGUGUACAAAAAAGAGUCUAUUCUAGAUAUUCCAGAUUCUGAAAUCCAAUUUACAAUUAACGACCAGCUUUUUUUGGAGACACUGUUGAUGGAAAUUAGAUCAAAAACUAUCUCAUAUGCAAGCUAUUUAAAAAAGCAAAGGACAGAAAAGGAAAAGGGGUUACUAGAAGAGCUUUUAGAAUUGGAAAAGGAAUAUGAAAAACAUAUAGAUAAAAUAAAUGAAAAGAAAAAAGAAUUAGAAAAUAUAAGAAACUAUAAGGUCAUGGGUAGUUUGGUGCGUUCACGCUCUAAAUGGAUAAAUGAGGGAG